AUGGAAGGUAACAGAUCCAGGCCAUGGUAAGCUGGGAAGAAUGCAUCUGGGUGGGUUGGUAGGCUGGGAGCAAGGGGAUGGAGGGGUUUGAUGCUCAUUAAGUUUCUGGAAUUUUGGAUGAGCUGACUGGGUAGAAACAUCCCUAAUGUAGGCAUAACAGCCAGCUGACCAACCACAGCCCUGCAAACAGCUACCAAUGGACAUCGCACGUAGUUAUUGAGGUCAUCAGUGUAAUGGCAAAGUUUGUGUGGCUGUAAAACUCAUGUUUCUUCCUCCUCUUUCCUGUUUUGCAGGCUACUUCACCGUAUUGGCAGUAAUACUGAAAACGACAAAUGAUGCGCCAUGGGCCAACGAGUUUGAAUGUAAGAGCCAAUAGAGAUGUCGUAAUGUAUACACCGACGUGACAAUCAGUUACAGACAUUUCCUGCUUGACCUUGACAUGACACUAAAGAACCAGAACUAGAUAACAUCCAUCCUUUGGUUCUUCCUUUAAAAAGCCUUACAUCUAAUUCCCUAUUGUCUCCUCUGGCAGCUAUCGAAUUGUCCUGUUUGAUAGAGUCCAUCUCCACAAAAAACCCAAGAAUCGAAUGGAAGAAGAUUAAGGAUGGGGAGCCCAGCUAUGUCUACUUUGAGAAGAAAAUCUCAGGUAACACAAACUCAACUGAGUGCUUUGUCGUAAUGUCAUCUUCACUAAUAUCUCCAACAUCAAUAUCAAAGUGACAAAACCAAUACAAAAUGUUCAAAAUCAUCUUACAGACACAAACAACUCCUGUUUUACAAACAGCAGUUCUCGGACUAAUAAGGGAAUGACAUUCUGUUUUAUACUCAUCAUCAAUUAUGCCUGUAUUAAGUCAAUGGGAACUUAAAGCAUGUUUUUUUCUCCUGCAGGAGAUUUGGAGGGCAGAGCAAGGAUCAGAGAGCCUGCAACAUUGGUGAUAACCAACGCCACAAGAUCAGACUCAGCCAGUUAUCGUUGCGAGGUCAGCGCCCAGACUGACCAUAAAUCAUUUGAUGAGAUUUUGAUCAACCUCGUCGUAAGAGGUAGGUCCAUCAUCCCUCCGAGCCGCUUCAGCUCACAUCUGCUCAACACAUCAUCACCAGCUUUUUGCACCAGAAGCACAUCGUUAGUUGUAUUACUACAGUAAACUGUGGUAUAAUAUUGAAACCAGAACAAAUUCAAGACUAUACACCCACAAGAAGAUGCAUCACCCUGUGGCUAUGACUGAUAUUGCAUGUUUGGGUAAGGGAGCAUUGCCGCUACCUCGCUGAAAUUGCAUGUUUGCCAUCAGUCAUUUGCGUUGCAAUUCUUUAAUGCAUCUCAUAAUGUCACUGCUAAAAUGUUUGCCGUUAGUCUUAAACCUUGUUUCUUUGAAAGUUGCUAUGAAACAUAACAUACAAAAUACAAUGAACAUGUAGUCUUUGUACCUAAAACAGCCAUAUCAGUUUACAGGAACUUAUUUUUCCUCUGUUUCAAUGUUGUAAGCUGAAACCAUGUUUUAGGUCACGCCAACCUUUUGGCACAUGUAUGAGGAUGCUUUUUGACUGGGCCGCCCCUGCCCCAAACGCGUGUUCUGGGCUAUAUGGGGAAACCUCUGAAACUGCAUCCCCGCUAAAUCGCAGUGCUAAAGAUGGAAAGUGUUGGCAGGGUUUGGCACGGGGUAAAAAACACGUACCCUCCCUCCGAGAUCAUUCAUUGGCCUAGUAACAAUAAUUCAGUGUGUAUCAUGGGCUAGGCUGUUUUUGACACAAUCAGAUGCUGAAUGUUGCCAUUACUGAAUGUGUGCUUGUGUCCACAGUGAAGCCAGUGGUGCCAAAAUGCGUUGUCCCCAAAUCGGUGCCUGUAGGGAAGGCGGCAGAGCUGCGAUGCGUGGAGGACGAGGGUUUCCCCAAGUCUCAGUACCAAUGGUUCCGCAACAAGGAGGAAAUCCCUGAUGACCCUAAGACCAGCCUUAAGUUCUUCAACUCCUCCUACACGCUCAACGCCGAAACAGGCACCCUGGUGAGUGUGUGUUUGUGUGCGGUGACUGGGAGGGAAGGGGACACUGUAGUGCAGUGCGAGGCUGCGGGGGUGGUGGCCUGGUGCCUAGGGGUAGGGGUGGAUAUUUUGGGGAGACAGUUGAUGGUGUGAGGGGGCUUGAGCCAUUAGGGGAAUCUGCUGUCCUCAUUGGCACAUUCCUGAACUCCCUCCCUCCAGACAGUCAGUGGCUCGCCCCCGGGCCACUCCACUCCACUCAACCUUUACACUGGCUUCUAAAGGUUGGUCUGGCUGUCACUGACAUACUGUACUUCCAGGGAGUCACACCCUACUAGAUACUGGCCGCUUUUCCUUGAAGACCACUUGCAUACGCUACCAAAUCUGCUUUUCAUAUCCAACUGAAAGCCAACUAAUUAUUUACAGGACUAGAAUUAGAGGACAAGACCAUCAUUAGCGUGGGUUAAAAUCCGAUGGGAGACAGCAUACAACGAGAACUGAAGGGAUAUCUGUUGAACAGUAAAGCAACUCAUUUUGGGGACAGUUCCACCCCCAAUGUAAUUCCGAUUGAACCUCGUUAUAAGCCUGCACUUUCCCACAUGCAGUACAUACACCAGAACGAAAGGACACCGGUUAUACGAAGUGUAAUUGAGCCUUGCUGUUGUUGGUUUUUCCUCUACAGAAAUUCAGUGCUGUCAGAAAGGACGACUCAGCAGAGUACUUCUGCCGAGCAAAAAACGACGCGGGCCACUCGGAGUGUGGACCGCAGACAAUGGAAAUCUGUAAGUCUGUCUGACAGCUGACAAAGUUGUACACAAGACACAUGUUGUUUGUUGAAGCAUGUCAUUCCAGUAGUCCGGUAUUUAAUUCAUAAAGAGGUAUCUCAACUUCAAUUCUUCAUUCUUCCUGUUGUUUUUCCCCAGAUGAUAUCAACAUUGCCAGGAUCGUCCUGGGUGUGCUGGUGGUGGUGCUAUUGUGUGUAACAGUGGGCCUCUGCUUUGCGUACAAGCAAGGCUACUUCAUCAGCCAGAAACAGACUGGAAACAAGUGAGUGAAACUUCCUCUUGAGCAGCAAUAGUGAUGGGUCAUGGCUCAUUGAGGUUUAACAUUUGCCAAUUUAGACUUUAUGAACAAACUUGACUUCACAACUUUACCUAGUUAACUUACGGCCCAAGGUUUUAUAACAUGCAUGGAACAAUUCUUACUAGAAAUGUGUUGUUUUUGCAACAGCAUAAAUGCCUUCUGAUCAUGUCUCCAUGGUGUUUGACAGUUACAAAGCCCCAGCCAAAGGAGAAGGAGUGGACUACGUCAGAACCGAGGACGAGGUGCGUAAAGAAAAACAAAGAUUUCUUGAACUCAAAAAAGUAAAACUAGGCAGUCCUUUAACUUUUGCUUACUUGCUCUUCCCUUUUUAUUCUAGGGCGACUUCCGACACAAAUCUUCGUUUGUCAUCUGA